UUGUGCGGAUAUAUGGAUAAAAUAUGAAAUCACCCGAUAGUAAGAUCUUCAGAUGGGUGAUAUUUCCCUUGUGUUUUCUAUUAACCUUACUUAAUUACGUCAAUGUGGAUGCACAAUUUACAUCCAGUUUCUAUAAUUUCGAUUCAAAUACUGUACCCUUCAUAUCCCGGACGGCGAUGAAUAGGGCUUUUAUUAGAGCGAAACAGAAAAUUCUUCACAAGAGACAGCAUGAGAAAACUCUAACAACGCAAGGCAGGGUUGUCAAUCCGAGUUUGCACCCUGCUGUAGCCAGACAUCAAAGAUUUACAAUGACAUAUCCUAGAGCUGUUAGCUUGGAAAGAGUUCGAGAAUUGUUCGAAGGAGCCACAGAAGAAUUAGCCAAUAGUUAUCAUUUAUCUAGGAAACAAAUUAUUUAUGGAUUGCCAAAGAUACCAUUAGUGGGUAGAGAAGCUCAGGAAGCGGCACAACAGUGUAGUUCUCAAUAUGACGUCCAAUGCGAGGAAGACAAAUAUAGAUCCUUUGAUGGAAGCUGUAAUAAUUUAGAACAUCCUACGUGGGGAAAAACGUUUACGUGCUUUCAAAGACUUCUUCCUCCCGCUUAUGCAGAUAGUAUUUCUGCUCCUAGGAUAGCAGUUUCUGGACGUCCUUUACCACCAGCUCGAGUGCUUUCUAUACUAAUUCACAGAAAUGCUAAUGUUCCCUCUCAUAUCUUUACUCACAUGUUCAUGGUUUGGGGACAGUUUGUAGAUCACGACAUUACAUUAACACCAAUUAGCAGAUCCACUGACAACGCUAUGAUUCAAUGCUGCCCGCCAGACCAACAAAAUUAUGAUCAAUGCUAUCCUAUUAUCGUUCCGGAAGAUGAUCCAUUUUAUUCUCAUUUCGGUAGAACCUGUUUGAAUUUUGUACGUUCUGCUAUGUGCGCUCUUUGUGUUUUAGGUCCUCGUCAGCAAACGAAUCAAGUGACAACUUUCCACGAUGCUUCUAUGGUCUACGGCAACGAUGUAAACACAUCGAGAUCAUUAAGAGCUUUCGAUGGCGUUGGUAGACUUCGGGUUCAGGACACAGAACAUGCUGGAGAUCUUCUUCCAGCUAGUGAAGAUCCAAACGAUCAAUGCAGUAUGCCCGACGAAGGAAGAUACUGCUUCAGAGCGGGAGACCAAAGAGUUAACCAGCAUCCGGCUUUAACCAGUUUACACACAAUAUUUAUGCGACAACACAAUAGAAUAGCCAGCAAACUAAAAUUCGAAAACCCUCUUUGGUCGGAUGAUAAGUUAUACUUUGAAACUAGGAGGAUCAUCAGUGCUCAGGUGCAGAUGAUAACCUGGGGCGAAUUUUUGCCUAUAACUUUAGGCAGUGAAAAUAUGGAUUAUUACAGUUUAUGGGUGUUAGAAAAAGGAUAUACAGAGUAUCAAAAACAAGUCGAACCGACAUUAAUGACUGAAUUUUCGACGGCAGCUUAUAGAUUCGGUCAUUCUAUGAUAGAUGGACUAUUUAGGGAAAUUUCUCCACAUUACGAUCCGGAUUAUCCCGGUUUUCUCUUGAGAGAUUUCUUCUUCUAUCCUUUCGAAAUUUAUAACGGUCAAAUGGAUCCUUUAAUGAGAGGAUUGGUCAAACAACCCGGGCAAAGAUUCGAUACUCAUUUAGUCGACGACGUUCGUAAUUAUUUAUAUCGAAGAAGAGGAAACGAUACGGGUUUAGAUUUAGCAGCUUUCAAUAUACAAAGAGGAAGAGAUCACGGUUUACCGGGUUAUACUGCUUUCGUGCAUAGGUGUCAUGGUAUAACUAUCGAAAAGUUUUCUGAUCUAGGCAAACUAAUGCCCGAGAAAUCCUGGAUGGAUUUCCAAGAUGUUUAUGAAUCAGUGGAAGAUAUCGAUUUUUUCUCCGGAGGAACUGCCGAAUAUCAUGUUAAAGGUGGAGUAAUAGGGCCCACAUUCGCUUGCAUCGUUGGCAUACAAUUUUAUCAUCUAAAGUACGGCGACAGAUUUUAUUUUGAACAUUACGGACAAUCUGGAUCGUUUACACCCGGUCAAUUGGCUGAAAUUCGUAAAACAACUCUAGCCAAAAUCAUUUGUGCCAACACAGCUGUUUACGAAAUUCAAAAAUAUGCAUUCAGUUUUCCAUCGUUCUACAACCCUGUUUUACCCUGCGACCAUUAUCUUGAUAUCGAUUUGUCUCCAUGGACGGAAGAAGUUGAAUAGAAUUUUUUAAAGAGUGCCAGUGUAUCAUAAGCCAAGAUGUCAUCAAUACCUCAGCGAAGCUAAAGACUAUUAAUAUAUACGUAUAUAUGAGGCAUUUCCAGCUGAACCGUUUACAUUCCUGAUACCAAAAAUACAAAAAAAAUUUAUAUUUUUAAUAAAGUUCAGCUCGAUAUGUCUUAUAUAUCAUUACAU